AUGGUUCAGAACAAGACUCUCAUCUUCAAGAAGACGCCCGUGGGCUACCCCGUCGCCGGCGAGCACUUGGUUGUCGAGGACCGCGGCUUCGAUGCCGAGGCUCCAGCUCCCAGCGGUGGUAUCACCGUCGAGGUCCUGUCGGCCUCGUUCGACCCGUACCUGCGUGGCCGCAUGCGUGAGGCCCACAUUGAGAGCUACAUGCCCGCCUUUGAGAUGAACGGCCCUGUCGUGAACAACGUCGCCGCCCGCGUGCUCAAGUCCGAGAACGCCGACUUCAAGGCCGGCGACCUGGUCAUUGCCUUUGUGCCCAUUGCCGAGUACGUUGUCAUCCCCGAGCCCGCCAAGGUCUCGGUCAGGAAGAUCCACAACCCCUACAACCUGGAGGUCGACUUGUUCCUGGGACCUCUGGGCAUGCCCGGUCUGACUGCCUGGUCCGGUCUCUACAAGAUCGGCAAGCCCAAGAAGGGUGAGGUCAUCUUCAUUAGCUCCGCUGCUGGUGCCGUUGGUCAGGUUGUUGGCCAGAUUGCCAAGCACGAGGGCCUCAAGGUCAUUGGCUCCGUCGGCAGCGAGGAGAAGCUCGACUUUAUCAUCAACGAGCUCGGCUUCGAUGGUGGUUUCAACUACAAGAAGGAGAGCCCCUCUGCUGGCCUGAAGCGCCUGGCUCCCGAGGGCAUCGAUAUUUACUUUGAGAACGUUGGUGGUGAGCACCUCGAGGCUGCUCUGGACUCGAUCCACAAGGGUGGUCGUAUCCCUACUUGCGGCAUGAUUGGCGACUACAACACUCCUGUCGAGAAGAGAUACGGCGUCAAGAACAUGUUCCAGGUCGUUGCCAAGACCUUGGAGAUGAUUGGUUUCCUGGUCGGCAAGCCCGGCUACGGUGAUGUGUACUUCCAGGAGCACCAGGAGAAGAUGCAGAAGUGGCUGGCUGAUGGCAGCUUCAAGCCCAAGCUGCACGUUACCCAGGGUAUCGACAACGCCGCUCACGGUCUGAUUGGUAUCUUCAAGGGUGAGAACUUUGGCAAGGCCGUCGUCAAGGUCAAGGACCUGUAA